CAACAUAGCAGUGGUUGGGCUGGACAUGUUACAAGAGGCGCUGUGCAAUCCAGUGCCCUAGGCUUUAGAAGGCUCUUGUCCUCUCGCCUGCUUUUUCUUCUGUACCUGGUGCAAUGGGGCUGGAGCUCUACUUGGACCUACUCUCCCAGCCCUGCCGAUCUGUCUACAUCUUUGCCAAGAAAAACGGCAUUCCUUUUGAGUUCAAGCAUGUGCUUCUACUGAAAGGGCAACACAAGGCUGAAGAGUUUAGCAAGGUGAACAUCUUCAGGAAAGUGCCAGCUCUGAAAGACGAUGACUUCACCUUAGCAGAGAGCAUUGCUAUCCUUUUGUACCUCGCAAGGAAAUUCAAAACCCCAGAUCACUGGUACCCCUCUGAUCUGCAGAAACGAGCCCGUGUGGAUGAGUAUCUGUCUUGGCAACACACAGCCACUCGUCUGUAUGGCACCAAAGUGUUCUUUAUCAAGGCUUUAGUGCCUCUCCUUUUGGAUGAACCGCUUCCACCUGCAAAGUUAGAUGGUGCCCUUGAAGAACUGAAGGAAACCCUGAAGCUGUUUGAAGAGAAAUUCCUCCAGGACAGGCCAUUCAUUGUAGGCAAUGAGAUCUCCUUGGCUGACCUGGUAGCCAUUGUGGAACUCAUGCAGCCCUUAGGAGCUGGCUAUGAUAUCUUUGAAGGCAGGCCCAAGCUGGCAGCGUGGCGCCGCCGUGUAGAAGAAGCCAUUGGUAAGGACCUCUUCCUGGAAGCCCAUGAGCAGCUCUUAAAGCCAAAGGAUAUGACCAAAGAACCUCUCUCUCCUGAAGUAAAAGAGAAGCUGAAGGAAAAUCUGCUAAAGUAUGUGAAAUGAAGCCUGAGAGAUGCAACGCCCUGUCAAUAAAGCUCCUGGUCUCCUCUG